AUGACUCACACUCCAGCGACUGACGGCGCCCCCGAGAUCUACCCCCCGGAACCUGCAUCGGCCAGCUGCGUGUCAGUUUCUCUCGAGAAAGGUGAUGAGGACAAACGUCGGUCGCCGUCAAUCGUAAGUCUGGAGCUGGAGCUGGGGGCGACGGGUCCGCUGCUCGAACCGCGAGCGCUGGAGCACGUGGUCUUUGCCAUCAACAGCUUCGCCCACCGGCUGCUGCGCUAUAUUCCGCGCCAGCAUAACCUUUCCUUUUCGCCCAGUCAACUCUACUGGCUGCUGGUUAGCGUGUGGUUCAGCAGCAAGGGCACCACUAGGGAGCAGCUCGAAGACGUGCUGUGCUGCGCAGAGCUACCCGUACCUGCCGACCGAGUGCAGGGCUUCUUCAAGAACCUCAUACGCACGCUGCGUACUCGCGGAAAACAGCAGCACGUGCAGUUCAUCAGCGCCCUGUACGUGACCUCCGUGGACCGCCUCCAGGAUGCCUCGAGCAAGGCACUGCGCGAGAACUUCUACGUGUCCAUCCGCGCAAUGCUGGCCGACGCCAGGCCCGAAUGCACGAGGAACGAGAUCAACCUCUGGUUCGAGACAUCCCGUGGGCACGUGCCCAGCGUCAUGAGUGAAAACCUGCCGACCACCGGCGGAGACGGGUCUUCGACGUCGUGCUACCUGAUCGCUAGCGCCGCGUACGCCGAGCACUCCUGGGGCUCUCGGUUCGACCGGCACAAGACGGUCCUGGCCAACUUCUACAACAAUGGCACCGAACCGUGCAAGGCGCGCAUGGUACGCUCCAUCUCGUACUACCGCUACUGCGCGUCCAAGGCGCUCUCGGCUCGCUGCCUGGUCGUUCCGAGCGUGGGCAGCAAGUGGCACAUGCUGCUCCUGCUGCCCACCGACCGCCGCGGGGUACACGCCGUCGAGUACCGGCUGGACGCCGAGGCACUGCAGCAGGCGCUCAAGAGCUGCGACGAGCCGCUCGUCGAACUGAGCAUGCCCAACAUCGAGCUCGAGAGCUCCGUGUCGCUGCGGCAAGUGCUCAAGCGGGCUGGCCUGGCUGCUCUCUUCGACCCGGAGAAGGCCGACCUCAGCGGCCUCCUCAAGGAGUCUGGCCAGCCUCUCACCCAGUUUGUGCACACGGUCAAGCUCAAGGUGAACAAGGUGGGCCACGAAGGAGAGCACCACGGCGUGACGGUGAUCAACGAGAGCGGCGAGCACUCCGGCUCGCGGAUCGAGUGCCACGUCAAUCACCCGUUUUUGUUCGUGCUCUACGAGCUGGUCAACACACGACCCUGUUCGUCGGCAGGGUCGCCGAGUUGA